CUCUCUCUCCGCGCCCAUGUCCGCCGCCCUCCUAACUCCUCCUGUUGGCGUCGCAGAUCCUCUUCAUGCACGGCUUCAAGAAGUUGUACAACUCCAACAAGCCGGUGAUCGUCGACGCGCUCAACUCGCUCGACCUACUGCGCCCGCGCCGCGCCACAGUCAGCAUCAACGCCGUGGCGCCCCCGCCGGGCGCCGCGGGCCCCUCCGCGGCCCUGCUCUCCACAGAGGCCGUGAAGCGCGACAUCCAGGACCUCGGCUGGCGCGAGUGCCCCGUCGGCUCCGUCCUCUCCGUCCACGCCGGGGCGGCCGCCUCCUCCCCCGUGCCGCUCGCCACCAUCCGCCCGGGCUCCGCGGCCGUCGUCCAGCGCGUCUCCCCUCCGAGCACACUCAGCGCCUCCUCCAGCCCGUGUCCCGCGGCGCCCGGCGUGGACGGGACCAGGAAGCGGACCCUGAGGGGCCAGGGGAAGGCGGCGACCAAGAGGAAGGAGAGGCGCAUGAGGGAGCUGCUCAGGCUCCCGUCCGUCGAGGUCCAGGACAUGCCCGCCGACGCCGCCGCCCAGGGCAGCAGCGGCGGCAUUGCCUCUGCUGUGUGAUUUGUAGCGUGGUUGAUUGAAGCGGCGUGGAACCGGCGGUUGAUCUGGUGUGCUUUGUUCUUCGCUGCUUUUGGUUCGGUGGUGAUCUGCAGUAGUUGUAAAUUAAUUUUAGUUUUACUGGUUUUGUUAAUGAUGAAGAACCAUGUUGCCUGUUCAGUUAUUAACCGCGUUGAUAUGCGUCUGCAUUUGGGAUGA